UCGUGCUUUCAUAAUAAUUAGGACACUACAAGCGUUUUCGUAAGACUGAUUUGUGGGGAUUUUUUAUUUAUUUAUUUAACUUUUAUUUAACCAGGUAGGCUAGUUGAGAACAAGUUCUCAUUUACAACUGCGACCUGGUCAAGAUAAAGGAAAGCAGUUCGACAACAGACGUGUGUCAUGGUCUGACAAACACACCGUCUAGCUCUGCCACCUUCCCGACUCUAACUUUCACAGAGCGGAAGGACGACCUGCGGAGGCAUUUGAUUGAGACGUAGCCCGUGAAAAACAAAUGUUCAUUGUUUGUGCUGCUGGCAGAAUACUAGUCCCAAACGUCGCUGUUUGACUAGCCCAUUAUUCAGGAUUUGUGAACAAAAACCAACGGCUCACCAUCGAGUCUUUCCACGAAGAAAUACCUUCACCGUGUUCUCUAAAGAGGAACUCUCUGUCUGUAGAUGAACAACCACGGGACUAAGAGGGCACCGACCACAGCCACCCAGAGACUGAAACAGGACUACCUCAGGAUAAAGAAAGACCCUGUGCCUUACAUCUGUGCUGAGCCCCUACCAUCCAACAUCCUCGAAUGGCACUAUGUUGUUCGAGGUCCUGAGAAGACCCCAUACGAAGGGGGAUAUUAUCAUGGCAAACUAAUAUUCCCUCGGGACUUCCCCUUUAAACCACCCAGCAUCUACAUGAUCACACCUAACGGGAGAUUUAAGUGUAACACACGGUUAUGUCUGUCCAUCACUGAUUUCCACCCGGACACGUGGAACCCAGCCUGGUCCGUCUCCACCAUCCUGACUGGUCUGCUCAGCUUCAUGGUAGAGAAAGGCCCCACUCUGGGCAGUAUCGAGACCUCCGACUACACUAAACGACAGCUGUCAGCCCAGAGCUUGGCUUUCAACCUAAAGGAGAAGGUUUUCUGUGAAUUGUUUCCUGAUGCCGUUGAUGAGAUAAAGCAGAAACAGAAGGCCCAGGAGGAAUUGAGCGCCCGUCCUCUCCCCCUCCCCGACGUGGUUCCUGACGGCGACCCUCACCACGGCAACUACGGAAUCCCCGCCCUCAACGGAGGCCACGGCCCUCUGGGCCCCGCUAACCCCGCCCCCGGCCUCCAGCAGGCCAAUCGGAACCACGGACUGCUGGGCGGCGCCUUGGCCAACCUGUUUGUGAUUGUAGGGUUCGCGGCGUUCGCCUACACGGUGAAGUACGUGCUGCGGAGUAUCGCCCAGGAGUGAGAGAGGAGAGGAGAGAUGAAGAAGAGGAGCAGCAGAGGGUCAGCUACAGGACUAUUAUAUGAUUUAAACACAUUAUUGAUAGAAAUUCCGAGCCACCCCCCUGAAGGAGGGAUGCAGGUGGGGGGGGUUUGGGGGGCGGGGGAACUGGGACAGGGUUGUUUGGGAUCACGGUUGUUGAUCCACUCUGUGUUUUCGGUGGUUAUGACCUAAUACCAGGUAGAAGACGUGCUUGGCUCAUGGGUUGACCGCUGGCUCAGAACAUUUUCAAGUAAUUGUUGGUCUCUGCCUAAUUACUCUGAAGCCACUGUGUUGUUGGUGUUCUGUGUGCUAGAUACAUUUUCAAUCUAUUGUGCCGCCAUAUUGGUGGGUCCCUGUUAAAAGAAAGAAGAAAAAAAAAGGGUGGGAAAAAUCAUGUGGAAUUUGGAACCAUGUUUCUGUUCUGCCUGUUCCAGUUCUAGUGGGGAAAAAUGGCUCUCUGUUGCCCGGGAAAUAAGGUUCAGACUCACUUGGUAAGUGUUGCUCUUCUGUCCUGUGUCACCUGAGACAGGUAAGACAGACUCCACCCCCCCCCCCAGGUGUCCUGAGAAACACACAGGAAGGAAGGAGUCUGUGUGUAAUAUAAUGUCAAUGAAACCCUGGCUUUUAAGUAGGCUCAUCACAACAAGAGAACCUGUUAUAUUCACCCCCCCUAAAUCAGUUGUCACUGUGUGUGUUGAGCAAAUACAACAAGGCAGAUCUCUCUGAAUGCGUCACAAAUGGCACCCUAUUCCCUAUGUAGUGCACUACUUUUGACUGGGACCUAUAUGGAUGUGGUCUAGAGUAGUGCACUAUAAAGGGAAUAGGGUGCCAUUUUGGGACACUACCCCCCCCCGAGUGUCUUCUUCUUCAGGAUGCGUUCAUAAUACCAUUGUCGCGCUUCAUUUACCCUCUUGUCUGGUUUAAACCAUAUACACGACUCACAGGUUUGGCCCAUGUUAAUCACUGACAAUGCUGUCUUAAGGGGUUAUUUGGAAAAGAGUGGGGGUUGUAGGGUAAUUAGGAAAUUGGUUGAAAUUACAGAAGUCAUUAGUCAUGGGAUAUGUUGCAUAAGAAUGGAAGACGCAGGGAACUGAAUUUCUUAUCCAGCCUUAGACAUUGUCUUUACAAUGCUACUGACCCACUCAAAACAUUUUCAAAAGAGAAAUAUGGACAUGGUGGAUAGGUUAACUAUAGUAGUGGUAUAAUUAGGUUACAAAUAGUAACCUACUUAAUUUAAAAAGUGAUCUCGAGGCAGUUGAUUCUGCCUAUAUACAUUUAGUUAUACUGAACAAAAAUAUAAAUGCAACAUGUAAAGUGUUGGUUUCAUGAGCUGAAAUAAAAGAUCCCAGACAUGUUCCAUACGCACAAGUGUUUCUCAAAAAUGUUGUGCACAAAUGUGUUUACAUCCUUGUUAGUGAGCAUUUCUCCUUUGCCAAGUGGCAUAUCAAGAAGCUGAUUUAAACAGCAUGAUCAUUCCACAGGUGCACCUUGUGCUGGAGGCAAUAGGUCACUCUAAAAUGUGCCGUUUUGUCACACAAAGCAAUUCUACAGAUGUCUAAAGUUUUGAGGGAGUGUGCAAUUGGCAUACUGACUACAGGAAUCUCCACCAGAGCUCCUGCCAGAGAAUUGAAUGUUCAAGUCUCUACCAUAAGCCGCAUCCGAUGUCGUUUUUUUUUUUGUCAGUACGUCCAACCGGCCUCACAACCACAGACCGUGUGUAAUCACGCCAGCCCCAGAUCUCCACAUCGUCUGAGACCAGCCACCCGGACAGCUGAUGAAACUGAGUAUUUCUGUCUGUAAUAAAGCCCUUUUGUAGGGGAAAACUCAUUCUGAUUGGCUGGGCCUGGCACCCAAGUGGGUCAGCCUAUGCCCACCCAUGGCUGCGCCCAUUCCAAGUUAAGUGAAAUCCAUAGAUUAGGGCCUAAUGAAUUUAUUUCAAUUGACUGAUUUCCUUAUAUGACCUGUAACAGUAAAAAUCGUUGAAAUUGUUGCAUGUUGCGUAUUCUUUACAUUUUUCAGUAUAGCUAAAUUCCCCGUCGUUAAAAUACCAUGUCAACCUACCUGUGUGUUUGGUAUAGCUGAUAUCUGUUUAUGUUUGGGUGAGUUUCAAUACGUGCUGUGGGUCAUUUCAUUGGUCCUUAGGCUUGUCUUUAAACCAUGACAAAGGACAUCAAAAAGACACACUGCAUCUGACUAGAGCACUAAAUAGGGUAGGAGAUGGGAGCAGACUUGUCUCUCGGUUGGUGUUUGUUGUCAGUCAGUCAACCCGUGAGCCAAGGCAGUUAAGUCCAGCACUGUCAAUCUCCCUAGUUUCGCUGAGACGGGAAUCUCCAAUGUGCUUAGCUAAUCAGUUUUUAGUAACAACACAAUGCUCUAUAUAUGCCCCAAUGAGGAGACAACAGUCUAUAUAGACCCUAAUGAGGAGACAACAGUCUAUAUAGGCCCCAAUGAGGAGACAACAGUCUAUAUAGGCCCCAAUGAGGAGACAACAGUCUAUAUAGACCCCAAUGAGGAGACAACAGUCUAUAUAGACCCCAAUGAGGAGACAACAGUCUAUAUAGACCCCAAUGAGGAGACAACAGUCUAUAUAGGCCCCAAUGAGGAGACAACAGUCUAUAUAGACCCCAAUGAGGAGACAACAGUCUAUGUAGGCCCCAAUGAGGAGACAACAGUAUGUAGAUCAGGGGUGGGCAACUCCAGUCCUCAGGGAGCCUGAUUGGUGUCACACUUUUUCUCCAUCCCUAACAAACACAGCUGAUUAAUCACAUUGCAUUCUAACCUGAAGAUCAUGAUUAGGUGAUAAUUGGAGUCUGGUGUGUUAGCUGGGACUAGAGGCAAAACUGUGAUGCCAAUCAGGCCCUCGAGGACUGGGGUCCCCCACCCCUGAUAUAGACCCUAACGAGGAGACAACAGCACAUGGAGAAGUAAACCUUUGUGUUUGAUAUGGAUAUUUAAUUUCAUUUUUUAAAUGUAAUAGUAGCCAUGAUGUGGCUGUUAGAGCGGGAACCAGCUUUCUUAUCUCUAGCCGUGUAUGAAAUGGCACCCUAUUCUGUCUUGUUCGCUACUUUUGACCGGAGCCUUUUGCAAAGGUAGUGAACUGUAUAAGGAAUAGGGUGCCAUUUGGGACACAUCCCGUCUUGCCAAACAGGACAGGGCUGAGAGUAGAGCUGGUUAAUGUGAAAACACACCAGCACCUCCCUGGCAAGCAGAAUUACUCAUUUACUGUCUUGCAUUGCAUUUAGUGCAGAUUGUUCUACAGUGUAGUCUACUUUUGACUUCAGAAAGCAGAAAAAAUACUUUCAGAUAAUAGCAGAAGACUUGACAAAGCUCUUUUUGUUUCUUGUCCUGGCCCUUUUUAAUGAUAGUUCAUUUGAGAGCAAAACACACAAAUUCCAUGCUUCAUAAUUAUCUCGUUUUGAAAUUGUAUGUUUUCAUAGUUAAUGCAAAUAAACGUACCUCGCCAUUUUA